GAGAGAGAGAGAGAGAGAGAGAGAAUAAUACCUACACUCUGAUCUGUCCAGGACAAGCCCCAGACCUCUGAGAGGCAGCAGCAGAGCUGGUCGCUUCUUCCCAGCUUUGUGCCCCUCCGCCCCAUCACAACAUUAGAUCCUCGUGAGUUCUUGGGAACUUAAAGCGGUUCUUUUUUUCCUUUUCUCUCAAGCAUCCUCACCAUCCCUUGGAAAGCCUGAGCAAGUUUGGAAGCUUCAAACUUCGGUCCCCGCACAGCGGGAGCUGCAGCAGCAGCACCUGUGCCUCCCGGGCUCACCAGGGAGAGCUCGGGUGAAGCUGCGAAGAAGCCCCCUCAAGCCGAGAGAGAGCUGCUUACUUUCUACCAGAAAUAAUUGCAGCCCAGUGGAAGACGGCAAGAGAGAGACUUCUGUUGGGGUGUCUGCAAACUUUUGUUGGAGUGACUUGCUGAUUAUUUUCCCCCAUCAAGAUCAAAGACCUUCUAGAUCAAAAAAAGGAUUUUUCUUUCUUUCUUUUUUUAAACGACAAAUUAAGAUUUGCAUCACCAGGAAAAAAGAAAGAGAGAUAAACUUUUUUCACCCCAGCAGUGAGUGGAGCAACAAGUGAGAACAGCGCUGGACGUCUCCUCCAGCCCAGACAGCUAGCUUGCUAGCAACUCAGCUUGUUUGCUGCUCAAGCGGGCAUCCUUUGGCAGUACUCGUCGUCGUCCUCCUCCUCCUCUUGGCACCUUUCAGAAGAAUCCGCUUCAACUGCAACUGAAAAUGUUGCCGGACCUCAGGAUUUCCCUACUGCUGUCCCUUCUGCAUGGACUGCUGUUGCUUCAAGGUCAUGCAAAGGAACUGCGGCUGAUGAAACCGGAGUUGAACUUGAACAGUGAUCAUAUUACAGUUGCCGCCGGAAAGCCUUUCGCAAUCACUUGCCGAGGCUCGCGUGGUUUGACUUGGAUCUGGAGAAAUGACCAGUACAAGGAUGGCAAUCGGUGGCAGGUAUUUGAAAAGAAAUGCCCAGGCAGGUCACAUCACACCUGCAGCACCCUUGUGGUCAACCGAGCUGUUGCCAAUGACACAAGCUACUUCACCUGCCUUUACAGCGACCUUCCAUCAAACAAAGAACUCAAGGCCGAGUUAUACAUUUUCGUCAGAGAUAACACACAGCCUUUUGUAGACUUCCGCCCAAGUGUUCCUGAUGUUAUCUUCGUACACAAUGCUACAGAAGUGAUCGUGCCUUGCCGGGUCACCUCGCCGGAUAUCACACCAACGCUCCUGCUGCAUCCUUCCAGCAGUGCCGUGAGGUCUGUGAAGAUGGAAUGGGAUCCCAAGAGAGGAUUUGUGGUCACUUUGCCUACCUAUGAGUUCUUCAGUAGCAUGCUCAAGUGUGUUGCUAUGGUCAGGGGAGACGAAUACACAUCCUACUAUGUGACACAGAAAGUAGAGAAAAGGAUACAGAACCUGGUUCUCAAAACAAAUCCCCAAAAGCUGGUGGUUGGAGACAACCUUAACCUGGAAUGCAGUGCGGAGACAUUUUUCAAUGGACGCAUUGAAUUUGUAUGGACAAUUCCUGGAAGGACUGAAACCAAGGCUGAAAAUACAUUCGACCUAAGUGAGCCAGUGUAUAAAGCUUCUUCUAAUGUGGUCAUCAAGAAUGUUACAAUGGAAAACAGAGGGUUGUAUGUAUGCAGAGGCAUAAUUGCCAAUACAACACAAUUAAAAUCAGAGGCCAACAUCACUGUAUACAGAGAAGCUUUCAUCAAAGUUUCCUUUAAGAAAAUCAAUCCCUAUGAAGUUAUCGAAGGGCAAAAGAUGCUGAAAUUGUCUUGGAAGGUUCAAGCUGUCCCCCGCCCCAUAGUGACCUGGUACAAGGAUGGCAAGAAGCUGACCAAUUCGAACAGUGACUGCUAUGAAUUAGAUCCAGUGAAAUACAGGCUCAUCAUAAGGGACGUGAAACCAAAGCAUGCUGGGAAUUACACCAUAACCCUGAGCAACACUAAGCAUAAUGUCCAUGAACAACACACUGUCGAGCUGGAUGUAUUAGAGAGACCCAGGAUUUAUGAAAAGGAGACAGAUUUUUCUAAAAUGGAGCUGGUCACAAAAGGAGGAGAGCAGAGCCUCCAGUGCACAUCAAGUGGGAAUCCUCUGCCCACCAUACAUUGGGAAUGGGAGCCAUGCAGUCAUGAAGACAACCUAUGCAAGCAACGAGGGGAAAGGAUCAAGGUGGAAGAAACCAUUGGCCGUGAAAUCACCUACCCAGCAAAUAAAAUCAAGUCCAUUGAACCUAAGUACAUAAGACAUGGCAAUAAAUUAAAGAUCAUAAGCACCCUGGAAACGACAGCAAGUAAUGUCUCUGGGGUCUAUUUCUGUGUGGCUUCCAACAAGGUUGGCACAGAAGAAAGAAGCAUUCGAUUCUAUGUCUCAGAUGUGCCAUCCCAACUACAGACUGAGCCACAAAUCACAGCCAUUGUAGCAAGCAAUGUCCAGUUGACCUGCAAGUCCUCCAAGUACAUCUACAACCACCUCUCUUGGUACAACCCCACCUUGCAGGCCGUUCCUGAUGCUUUGAUGCAGAAGAAGGUGGACAACUAUUCCAUCUACUUGACGUUGGGCCUUAAGAAUGUCUCGCAGGCCCACGCUGGCCUAUACAGGUGCAGAGCUCGAAGCCACCCAAAUAGCACUGAGGGGCUGGAGAAAAACACCAUGCUCAGUGUCAAAGUUAAGACUGUGCCUUACAUUAUGGAGAACUUCACAGACUUCGAAGUUAAUGUUAGUGGGAAAAUUGUUCUGGAGUGCAAAGUGAAUGGGACACCCAAACCCACAAUUGCUUGGCUGAAAAAUGGCUAUCCAAUUACUCCUGCCUCAGGAAUUUCCAUGGAAAACAACACCCUGGUGAUUGAGCGAGUGAAAAAGGACGAUGAGGGUCACUAUAAGUGCAAGGCCAUCAAUGAAAUGGGCCAAGACAGCACCCAGGCGUUUAUUAAAAUAGAAGGCUCCGAGGAAAAGUCCAACAUUGAAGUAAUCAUUUUGGUUUGCACUGGUUUAGCAGCCACCCUCUUCUGGCUCCUCCUCACCCUCUUCAUACGGAAACUGAGAAAACCAGAUGCCACAGAUAUUAAAACAGGAUACUUGUCAAUCAUAAUGGAUCCCGAGGAGAUGCCGCUUGAUGAGCAGUGCGAGCGUCUCCCAUAUGACAGCAGCAAGUGGGAAUUCCCAAGGGACCGUCUGCGGCUGGGUAAAACUCUGGGUCAUGGUGCUUUUGGGAAAGUGGUGGAGGCAUCUGCUUUUGGCAUAGAUAAAUCUUCAACCUGCAAAACUGUUGCUGUUAAAAUGCUUAAAGCAGAGUGCUCAACGACCAACGAGCGCAAGGCUUUGAUGUCUGAACUGAAGAUCCUUAUUCAUAUUGGACACCACCUGAAUGUCGUCAACCUGUUGGGUGCCUGCACCAAGCCAGGAGGUCCUUUGAUGGUCAUUGUAGAAUACUGCAAGUACGGAAAUCUGUCUAAUUACCUACGAGGAAAACGAGGAGACUUCAUCGCAUGCAAGCCUCAGGAAAAUCCAGACCCUGCAGAGAAAGAGCUGGAAGCAUACAUCAGUGAUUUAACAGAACUGAUCAAGAGGCGCCUGGAGAGCGUGGCAAGCACAGGAAGCUCUGCAAGCUCAGGAUUCAUUGAAGACAAGAGUUACACAGACUCAGAAGAAGAGGAGGAAGAUGUUGAAGAUCUCUACAAGCGUGCCCUGACCUUGGAGGACUUGAUUUGCUACAGCUUCCAGGUCGCCAAAGGCAUGGAGUUCUUGGCCUCCAGGAAAUGCAUUCACAGGGAUCUGGCAGCCAGGAACAUUCUGCUGUCUGAAAACAAUGUGGUGAAGAUCUGUGACUUUGGAUUGGCCAGAGAUAUUUACAAAGAUCCUGACUAUGUGCGGAAAGGCGACGCGAGACUUCCUCUGAAAUGGAUGGCUCCAGAAGCUAUUUUUGACAAAACUUACACCACUCAGAGCGAUGUUUGGUCUUUUGGUGUGUUGCUGUGGGAAAUAUUUUCUCUAGGAGCGACACCAUAUCCAGGUGUGCAGAUUGAUGAGGACUUCUGUCGACGCCUCAAGGAAGGGACAAGGAUGAGAUCACCAGAAUAUUCAACUCCAGAAAUCUACAAGACCAUGCUGGAUUGCUGGCAUGGAGUGCCGACAGAGAGGCCCACCUUCUCCGAACUUGUGGAACGUUUAGGAGACUUACUCCAGGCAAAUGUUCAACAGGAUGGGAAAGACUACAUCCCACUGAACAUUACGUUGUGCCCAGAUGGAGAUUCCAAACCCAAAAUCAGCAUCCUUGAAGAGAAUGUGAAGAAGGGUUUUCAUCGCUGGAGUACACUGGAAGCCUAUAUUAACCCCAAGAAUCGGCCACUCAGUGUGAAAACAUUUGAUGAGGUGUCAGUGAAGAAGGAAAAAAGAUUGCAUGAGGAAUGCGAGUCAGAUAGCGGGAUGGUGCUGACCUUGGAUGAAAUGAAAAGCCGGAAGAGAUUGGAGAUUCGUUCUUGGCCUUAUGGAAUCAUGGCUUUGGCGAGAAAAGCUAUCAACAAGAGCAAAGAGUCUGUAUUCUCGGAGAACGAGCGUGAGGCUGUGAAGUACCUGUCGGCAACACAGGUGAACGAUGCCGUCCAGGAACAGUAUGUUCUCCUGCCAGUCGAUCCCACCCUGGAGUGCCACAGCCCACCUCCUGACUACAACUCAGUGAUUCAGUACUCUGCUCCUCCAGUGUAAUUGGCUCAGGGCUGAUCUUCUUCAUUUUACACAUCUUUGACCAUACAGUAUAUUCAUCAGGCUUCCUAUUUGUGCUGCCUGCUUAAUGGAACCAGUGGGGUGGUUUUUUCGCACAAAAACGGGGAUAAGAGAUCACACUCUUAUCCAGGUCCAUCUGUCCAAGGUAUUAAACCCCCAAAGCAGAUAGAAGUCCUUUGAAGAGCAGCUGUCUUAAAGGGUAUAUUUCUGCUGAUCUAGCUCUUAUUUUCUAACCUUCUGCACAGCAAAUUUGUUUAAAGAAGAAAAAAUGCAGUUGUACCCAUUGCAUUGUCAUUCUGUGGGGGCUUCUUUCUCAAAGCUUUGGGAUAUACACUGAAAAUUCUGGUUCUGUUAACAGGGGCAUAUUCUUCAGGGAUCACUUCUCUCACAGUUUCAGGUAGAAAUAAGAAUUUCUCUUUUCCUCAUUUUUGGUUCCUUAUUAUCAUUACCAUAUUUACAUCUGCCAGAAUCCCACCCCUUCCCUAGUCCACAUCAGAUUACAAUUAGCUUGCACUGCAAAACAGGGCUGGGGUGGGAUUCAUAUUUAUACUGACAGCCAAUGUCCUUUGUUCCUAAUAAAUAAAAGCUAAUAAGGGAAUAAUUAGAUGAGCUCAUUCUUUUCCAGAGCAAACUUCCCUUCCCUCUUUCUCCCAAUGAAAAGUCUGACAAUUAUAACUGUGUAACUGUCAUGACUUCCCCCAAAGAACCCUGGAAAUUAUAGUUUAGGAAGGGUGUAGGAUAAUUCUCCAUUGCAGAUCCCAGGCCCCAUCCCAGGCCCUUACUCAUAGAAAUCUCCCUUGGAGGAGAAAAUGACCAUUACAUAACAUCCUUUUCCCUGGCCUGUAGAUUUGCCAUUAGCUCCACUUUCCUCAAAAUCUAUUACAGAAAGAAAUGGGUGUGAAAACUUUCAUGGCAAUGAAUGUUAGUCAUUCAGCAGGGACCAAAAAGACCUUUAGCCAUCUAGGGUAGUGAGGUUCAAUAGAUCCAACAAUAUUGGAAAAACAUAAAGAGAAAAUAUGCCUCAGGUGUUUUUGAGCCAGGCUAGGUCAAGCUGGAAGGCAAGCCUGUGACCCUGUGAAGCUGUGACUUUAAAAGCAUCCUCUUAAAAGGUGUUUGGAAAGAAAAUCUAUUCGAUUCUGGUAGGGAUUUUUCAGACAGUGGCUCCAAAAAAGAAAAUUGUAUGCCUUGAUGAGCAGCAAAAACAUUUCGUUGAGAGGAAGAGAGGAGAGAUGGCUAUUUAAGGUGGGGGGGGGAGUUGUAUUCCAGUCACUAUCUUGCAUAUUCUGAUCAAUAACAUGUUUUCUUUGGCUGUGUAAUAUGAAUGCUGUGGAGAUUGUGGCUACUUCCACUUUGUUCCUGCUCCCCACAAAGAGGUGUGUUGGCUGCACAACCACCCCAGGGCAUCUGCACCAUACUGUGGUCCUGAAAGUCAUUGUAUGGCUCCCAGAAAGGUGUAGUUGCCGUUUCUCUGUGAUGUCCUUCCCCCACUACACACACACACACACACACACACACACACACACACACACACACCAUUCCAGUUAAUGUUAACAUGCAGCUCUCUUUUGGGAGAUACCCAUGCUGGUGUUGUAAGUCAAAGUAUCUGCUCAUUCCACACUAGCAUUGAAGGAGUAUGGGAAGAUGCAACCAGCCACUCUCAUAAAUCCAGAGAAUGGCACAGAAUAAGGAACCUUGAGGCCCUUUCCUCAGAGGCAGAGCAGUGGAAGAAGUGCCCUAACCCUUUUGCCCAAGCCCCCAAUCCUGAAACUCUGACAAACACAUAACCUUCUAACAGGGUCUCUGAAAACUGGUUUCAGGACCAGCAGAAGAACAUUCAGCUUUCUCAAGGCCUGCUGCAUUCAGCAUCUCAGGUGUACAAAAAGGCAGCACUGAGCAGAGACGUAGCAAGAGAGGUGCAUGUUUGUGUUCUCCCUAAAUUCAGCUAAUUGGCAACUGAGAAAGGGAGAUGCAGAAAGUGCCUUAUGGCAUGAGAGUAGGUGUGACCCUUAUCUUCUUGCAGGCAGGUUGCCUACUUCACCUCUUGUUCUGGAUCUGAAACCCAAAGAGGCCUUCAUUGAACUAAUAUGGAAUUGAAGAAUUUGUGUAGUAUGACUCUUCCCAAAGCAAGAAGCACCCCAUCUGGACUCAGUGCCUAGUUUCUUGCCAGGAAUGGUUCUGACUUUGGAUUCAUAGACUUCCUCACUGUUUUUGUUUUAACCAGUCUGUGUAACUACCUAAAAAUGAACCUAUAUUACUUGUAUUUUAUUUACUAAUAUUUUUCCUGCCCUUAUCUUCCUAUUCCCUUAAUUUAAUUACUAUGUGUGUGUGUGUUUCCAAUUAAGCUGCUAUAUGAGAUAGAUAUAAUCCUGCAGAAGCAAAGCACCUGAUCUCACUGGUAGAGGUGAGCCUUUCCUUUGCAUAACCUCUUUUCUCCCCAAAGGUGCUACCAAUAUGUUUGACUUCUGCAGGAUCUUGCUCAUUGUGUUUAAUCUGUAAACGCAGUUCUAUAUAGACUUUCAUUUAUGUAGCAACGUGUAUAAUUCUUAUGUACUACCAAAGAGCAGGAAAUCCCCUGGAAUAAGAGCUUUCCAUGGGUUUACUGAAAAUGUCACUAACGCUUGCAGGACAGGCCCCAGUUUAUAAGAAUCUCCCCAGUUCCACAAUUACUGCCAAUUUGGCCGAACACCACCCACUUCCCCAUCUUCCUUAUCAUUUUGGUGACGUCUUUGUUUUAUUUUUAAUGCCACCUGGCUUCUUUCAGAAAACAGGGAGCUAUGUGAAUCUUGUGGUGUUUGGAUCAAAGAGCAAGAAAGACAUACCUUAUUUUUUGCACCAUAACACUCACUUUUUUCCUCCUAGAAAGUAAGGGGAAAUGUCUGUGCGUGUUAUGGAGGAAAUGCCUACGGGUGGCAUGCCUACGGAUUUUCCUCCUCUAAAAACUACGUGCGUGUUAUGGUCGGGUGCGUGUUAUAGAGUGAAAAAUACGGUAACUGACCUUGUUCCCACGUGAGGCUGAUCUCAAUUGCAGGACAAAAAGAGGAGCCAGUUGCCCAAUAGAAGUGUAUAUUUUGGUAUCUUAAGACUACUCAGGGAAUAUUUUGUGACUUCAGAAGAUACUCAGCCACCUGCCUUUGUGACCUGACAAACCUCAGAUAUGUUCAAUGUUAAUGAGUACAAACCUGUCUCUCUUUGUUCCAAGCCAGACCUUAUGUUUUUUCACUCCUGUAGCAACCCUACAUUACCAGAGAAGAUAGUAUUAUUAACCUGUUUUGUAUCCAGGGCCGGCUCCACCAUUAGGUAGAAUGACACUGAGGGGCACACAAAACUGUGUACCAUGUGGCUGACCUGCACCACCUGCCUGCUGCCUGUGGAGUUUGUCCCGGCACUAGUGUUGAAGUUAAGACUUCAGCUGGCAGUCUAGACAGCUUUUGUACCUGGAAAUGGGCGAGACACUGACACAUGCUUCCCUUCAGGCAGCAAAAUGUCUUCAGUCAGCCCUGGUUUUCUCCCCCUUUAUACCAUAAUCAGCAGCUUCAGAAAAGACAUUUGUUCAUAGCCAAAACCUAUUCUUACAGUGAGAUGAUUCUUUCAGAAAUAUAUUACUCGUCCUGCUCUAAUUAUAUGUCGUUAUCUGCUGCACUGACAAAAGCAAUAAUCACCCUAUUUCCUGCCCUAUAUUUCUUUGGCCUUCUGCCUCUCGGUUGAGAAAGACACAGAGACAGAGAGAGACAUUUGCUGGGAAUCACAAGCAGGGAGAGUGCUGUUGGAACCAUCUCCUGCUUGCGAGCUUCCCAUUGGCCACUGUGAGAACAGAAUGCUGAUCCAAAAGGGCUCUUCAUACGUCCUUAAAUCUCCGGGCCUUGGUUGUGGGAAGACUUUUUAUCAGGAACCGCACUGAGCAGAAACUCCCAUAGUCUUGGGUUUCUUUUUUCUACUGCCCCAUUUUCCCAUUGUUCCUGAGUUGUCAGUACCAUUAACAAAUGCCUGUGACCCAAAUAAUGAGAUGGCAGUGCAAGCAAAUAAGUAAAUGUCCCAUUCUGCUCCAAACACUACAGAAUGUACAGUGAGACCAGACCCUGUCUGUCUGAAGAAUGCACUGGGGGGAAAUCAAAACACCUGCUCUCAUUAUAUAUUCAAAAAUGUAUUGUAAUUAUUAACCAAAAAUAAAUAAAUAAAAAUAAUUUGAUUUUAUACAG